AUGGGUGCAUAUAUUGUUGGUGUGCUUGUGCCUCUUAUAUUUACUCUCUUAUUUCGGAAUUCCAAAAAUGGAAAAAAACGGGGGUUGCCAGUUGAUGUUGGUGGACAACCUGGGUAUGCAAUCCGAAACUAUCGGUUUACUUCUCCAGUAGAAACAGCAUGGGAAGGUAUCACAACACUCGCAGAACUCUUUGAGCAGUCAUGCAAGCUGCACAGAGACAAGAGACUACUUGGAACUCGGAGAUUGAUUUCGAGGGAGACAGAAAUAUCUGGAGAUGGAAGGUCCUUUGAGAAGGUUCAUUUGGGUGAUUAUGAGUGGUUAAGCUAUGGAAAAGUGUUUGAAGCUGUGUGCAAUUUUGCAUCUGGCUUAGCAAAACUUGGGCACCAAAAGGAAGAACGUGUAGCAAUUUUUGCUGACACAAGAGAAGAAUGGUUUAUUGCACUGCAGGCUUGUUUCAGGCGCAAUGCCACUGUGGUGACCAUAUAUGCAUCUUUGGGGGAAGAAGCUUUGUGUCAUUCAUUGAAUGAGUUAAUUGUUAAGACGCUCAUUGCGGGGAUAGCCAAGGGAGUAGAUAUUGCUACUGCUACUGCUGUCGCUUCUAAUAAUAGUUAUGAUGCUGGUGAUGUUACGCCACUAUUAUUGGUCAUCACAUCAUCGUAA